GCUGAGGGUGUCCGUGGGCCCAGGGCUGUGUGGGACAGUAUAAAAGGCAGAGCAAGUGAGGAUCCCUCAUCCAGCUCUCCGUCUUCUCCUCCUCGGUGACACAGGUUCUCCUCCAGCCCCAGCCAUGUCCUGCUACGACCUGUGCCGGCCCUGCGGCCCCACCCCGCUGGCCAACAGCUGCAACGAGCCCUGUGUGCGGCAGUGCCAGGACUCGCGGGUCAUCAUCGAGCCCUCGCCCGUGGUGGUCACCCUGCCCGGGCCCAUCCUCAGCUCCUUCCCCCAGAACACCGCCGUGGGAUCCUCCACCUCCGCCGCCGUGGGCAGCAUCCUCAGCGAGUCCGGGGUCCCCAUCAACUCGGGGGGCUUUGGGCUCUCGGGGCUCUCCGGCCUCGGUGGCCGCUACUGCGGCCGCAGGUGCCUGCCCUGCUAGAGCCGGGCCGCACGUCCAGCGAGUGCCUCCCCAGGCCAAGUGUCCCCUGGAGCUGCUGGCCAGCGUUUCCAGAGGCCUCGGGCUCCCUGCAGCCCUCCUGCCAUGGAGGGAGGCAAACGUGGCCACCUGAGGCUUCUGCUUGUCCUGCUUUCCUCUGCGCCUCCCCGGGCCCUGCCGUGCCCUGCUCUGCUGGCCCAGGGGCUCAGCCCCAGCCCAGCCCAGCCCCGGAGUCCUGCUGCUCCCGCUGGCCCCGUGCCCCGGCCAGCCAGACCUGUGUCCCACUGCUGGCCAGGCCUGCCUGCACACCCCUGCUUUCUUUCUGUCUUCACACUCAAUAAAGUUCACUCUGCAUUGGAA